AUGACGAAUCACAUUCAGCACUUGUUUAUAAUCAAUCGUGCCGGAAGUUUGAUUUAUAGUUGGGAAGCCAGAAUCGAAACGGUUUGUGUUUUGAAAUACAGUUAUGAUGAUAGUAUUAAAAAUCAGAUCUGUGGAAGAGAAACGCUCAGUUGCGUGACAGUAAGAUUCGCAGCACCAACAGUAUCCACAAACGAGAAGAUUAUUCUGUCUUCAAUGUUCCAUUCACUCUUCACGAUUGCCGUCCAGUUAUCUCCUUGUCCCAAAAGUUCUGGAGUUGAGGUUCUCGAAACGACGCAAUUCAAAUUGUUCUGUCUACAAAGUAGGACUGGUGUCAAAUUCGUAGUAAUCACCUCUGCCGCGUCGAACAUUGCUGCUGAUUCGUUACUUUCGAAAAUGUAUGAAUUGUACACGGAUUUCGCACUGAAGAACCCCUUCUAUUCCAUCGAUAUGCCAAUUCGAGCUCAGAAGUUUGAUGAAGCAAUCAAGGUGCUUUUGGAGAAGGCUGAGAAAAGCAACGGAGCUGUCACCUUCUAA